AUUUAGAGCACCGCCUGUCUCAGUCUCAACUUCAUACCAGUAUUCACAAACAACCUAACACCAAAAAGGCGAUAUGGCUGAAAUUAUUGAACUGAUUCAAAAGUCCCAUGAGGCCAAAAAGCAUUCGUACUCUCCAUACAGCAAAUUCAGAGUUGGAGCUGCACUCUUAACCUCGGACAACCGUGUGUUUACAGGUUGUAACGUGGAGAAUGCUUGUUACAAUCUGGGAGUGUGUGCUGAAAGGAAUGCUAUGGCCAAGGCAGUGUCAGAAGGCUACAAAGACUUCAAGGCCAUCGCCAUUGCUAGUGAUAUGAAGGAUGAGUUCAUCUCCCCAUGUGGAGGCUGCAGGCAGUUCAUGAGAGAGUUUGGGGUUAAGUGGGAUGUUUAUCUUACAAAGCUCGACAACACGUACCAGAAGAUGACUGUGGAGGAGCUGCUGCCCGUCUCUUUUGGCCCUGCAAACCUGUCCUAGAAGAAGGAUUCCAACAUGCCCAGCAAUCUCUGAGCUUGUACUGUAAUGCACUAAAGUUCAUUGUUGGAAACUAGAUGAGAUGAACUUAGAUCUGCCCACACAGCAUUUUACAUUUUGUUUUGGCAUCAUUGGUAUAAAUGCGCAAAAACCCAUAAACAUAUAUUCCAUUGCAGUAGCAUAGUCUCAAAUCGAAAAAUUUACUACUACUAGUACACUCCUCUUGUGCAAUAACUGCCUUUUUUUUCCCAGGCAGUUGUGGGGACUUUGUUUUAUAUGUUUUACAAUUUAUUCAUUGUCAUAGACAGGCUUAGUAUUAAUAGGCAUGCAUGUGUAUCUUCUGGAUUACAUUUUAGUAGUAUAUGGUUGACAACUGUAUGAUAUAAGGGAUAAAGUAAAAAAAAAAAGCAGACUGUGGUUUAAAAAAAAAGCAUGGUGUUGCAGAAAAGAGUAAAGAUAGAUCCUACGGUUAAGAGCAACAAUUCCUGUUUUUAAGUUUGACUUUCAGAAAUAUCUGUAUGAAUAUAAAAGAUUGUCCAAUAGAAAGAUUGUCCAGACUAGGCUUUUCUGGAAAGUCAGCGCAGAACACAACAUCAAACUAGAAUGGUUGUUUCUAGGUAAAGAACAUAGUCGCCUGAUGAAAAUCAUAGGCGAACCCUAACCAGAUGAUUCCACCAAGGGUGUAACUGACUCUUGAAGUUAUGCUCCACAUAUAAUGCACAAAGCUAAUUUAUCCCUUCAUCAAUCAGAUUGUUAAAUAAAAGCAGCCAUAUAGUAUUUCGUCAUGCUUCUGAUGCUCUGGCCUUAUCUGGUGGGUCAUUUGCUGGAUUGUAUGUGUGAAUGUGUCAUUGUUCUUUUAUGGAUCAGCUUUUAGCGAGCAAUAUCUGUUUACUUAUUUGCUUAUUCUGUUCAGAUGAUUUUUAUUGUUUGUAGUGCAUUUAAUUGCUGAAGCAGCUUUGUUUAUCAUACAAUCUCCAGGACAAAUUUCCCAGAGGGGCCAAUAAAGUAUACAUCUAUCUACACCUACUGGUUGAACUGGAUAACUGCACAUUCUCAUACUAUAAAGCUGUGUAGUACCGACAAA